UCAGCUAAAGCAGAAACUGAUGUUCCAGAAAAUGUGCUUGAAUUUAUUUCCCAACGUCGUCGCUGGUUGAAUGGAUCUUUUUUUACUGCUUUCUAUUCUAUUGUCAAAUUUACUCAAAUUUGGAGCUCUGGACAGCCACUUUAUCGCAAGAUAUUAUUACAAAUUCAAUUCAUUUAUAAUACAGUACCAACAAUAGAUUUUAAGAGCAUUUCAAGUAUUCAAGAAGCUUUAAAGAAUGCAGCAUUCCGUGACAUAGUAAUCUCUGCUGCUUUAACUUAUUUGCUAUAUCUUUUUUCAUCCUUUAUUUAUUGUGAACCAUGGCACAUGUUCAUCUGCUUAAUUCAAUACAUUUUACUUGUUCUUUCUUACGUUAAUAUUCUUAUGAUUUAUGCUUUUUGUAAUACUCAUGAUGUUUCAUGGGGUACAAAAGGAGAUAAUACUAAUACUAGAAAUCUGAAUGGUGUACUGGUAAUUGAGGAAGAUGAUAAAGCAACCAUUAAGAUUAAUGUCAUUGAGAAAGAAGAUAUAAAUGUUGCAUACAAUAACAUUAUCAAAGAGUUAAAAAAUAAAGGGCAUGAGGAAAAACAACAUCGCAAUGCCUUUACAAAGAAAGAUGAUUAUUAUAAAUUGUUUAGAACUAAUUUAGUUCUUUCAUAG